AUGGAUGGUCACUUUCUAUCUCAGUCUGCUUUUGAUCGUGACAUCAUCUCCCGUGCUGACAUGCUUUCUUGUAAUCCGUGCAACACUCUAACCAAUACUAAGCCAAAACUUUCUCCUCAUGGCACUCCGGUUGCAGAUCCCGCUCUCUACAGAAGCCUGGCGGGUGCCUUACAGUACCUUACUUUCACUCAUCCUGAUAUUCCUUAUGCGGCUCAACAAAUUUGUCUCUUUAUGCAUGACCCUCGUGAACCGCAUUUCCUUGCUUUUCAGCGUAUUCUUCGUUACAUUCAAGGAAAGCUUUCGCAUGGGCUUCGUAUUCGUGCCUCCUCUAUUGAUCAUUUGGUUGCUUAUUCUGAUGCUGAUUGUGUCGGGUGUCCGCAAACCCUAGGUCCACUUCCGGAUUUUGUGUCUAUCUUGGUGAUAAUCUCAUGUCAUGGUCCUCCAAGCGUCAACAUGUUGUGUCUCGCUCCUCGGCUGAGGCUGAGUACCAGGGAGUAG